GCGAGGAACUAAGGAACGCUGAUUUCGAGUAGAAGAAGUAUACAUCCAGUAUUUAAAAGGUGUGCACAAACGGAGUGCAGACCAGUCAGUGUAAUACUAGCGCGCGUUUUGAAACGGUUCCGAAUCGAAAAUACCUUGACAUAAAAUUAUUAUCCAUAGAAAGUAAAUAACGAAAAGUGUUCUUCUUAGCAGAGAACGGCUACGUGAAUAUCCGAUAUAUUCUUUGAAACUACAUUGAAUCGCACUUAACGUGCAAACAAUUGCAGUGCAAAUCUUCACAACAAUUACAACUGUAAUCGUCGCCGCAAGAAGUUUAACGAGUUUAUCAAGAUGUUUAGGAAAGCAGCUAUAAUAUCCGUGAUAUUCACUUUAAUUUCUUGCACUCCGAUCGGACCUUUCGAUGAACAUUUUCAAGGUGCCAUUAUCGGAGGCGGAGAGGCUUUGAGACAGUUAGGAGAGGAUGUCGUUCAAUACAGAGAUGCCAAUCAGAAAUUCGUUCCAUCAUUCAAAUCCAAUGGACGUGAAAGGGCUGCCAUUGAAAGGGAAUCCAAAUUGAGUCAAUUGGACUCUGCGUACUCCUACACCCAGAAUUUCGUUGGUGGUCUUUACAAUGCUAGACCAUUGGUAGACACUAUUCAGGAACACGAGAAGUAUGGAAACAAUGCAGAAGGACCAAGGAGAAUUUCCACUGCUAUUAUUAAUGGUUUUGAUGGUAUUUCCAAUGUAGCAAAUGCACUGAUCGAUGCGCCGUACGAUAAGGCCAGACAUCUUUCCAGAACAGCAACUGCAGCAUUGAAUAGUAUUGGAGCAAAAUUAGUUGGAUUGUAACACUUGUAUUUGCAUCAAGCAUUUUACUGGAAAAGACUGACUUUUUAAUUUUAAGAAAAUUAUAACCUUAGAUCAUGUGAAAAAAAACAAACAUUAAA